AUGAUAUAUCCAACAUAUUUACGAACAGGUAUUGGCACGUCAGUUAAUUUGGGCCCAGUUACAUCAAACACAAUUGCCCUGGAUUGGACCCCUAUCCCCGAUACCAAUACUUAUCAGGUAACUUACACUGGACCAGAUGGGCAAGUGCAGCAGGCUUUGUCAACCACCCCUGGCACCAUACUUACCGGACUAAAUCCUGUAUCUCAGUAUGACAUCACAGUGAGGGCUAUUACUAACAGUGGACAACUGGUAGAUGUUGGCACUACAACUGCCACUACAGGUAUUGACACUUCAGUUACUGUGGGUGCUGUUACAUCAAACACCAUAGACAUCAGCUGGACACCUGUCCCUGGUACCAAUAUCUAUCAAAUCAUAUACACUAGACCAGACGGGCAACAGCAACUGGGGCAGGUUCUUCAUCCCACCACUGAUUUCACCCUUACUGGACUUACUCCUGCAUCUCAAUAUGAUAUCACUGUAAGGGCAUUUAACACUGAUACUGGACAACAGACAGAUAUUGGCACUGCUACUGUAACUACAGGUUUGGAUACGACGGUAACAUUGGAUUCAGUUACAGAGAACACGGUUACACUUUCCUGGACGGCGAUAGAUGGUAGUACUUUUUACCAGGUUUUAUAUAGGCCUACUGGCUCUACUCAACCGGAACAACAAAUAUUAGUUCCUAAUGGACCACAAAACAGCCAAACCACACUAACUGGACUCACACCAGCUACAAUGUAUGAUAUUCGAGUUGUGGCUUUCCCGGGAGGUGCACCAUUGGAAGUUGGAAGCAUCACGCCAACAACAGGUAUUCUGAAAGAGGUUAUUGUGGAUUCGGUGACACCAAAUACGAUAGCUCUCCGCUGGACAAAUUUGCCAGACAACAUAAAUUAUGAGAUAACCUACACUGCACCAGAUGGAACACAACAAAUGGUUUCCUCAGGCACCAGCCCCAACAUCAUCCUUACUGGACUUACUCCUGCCACUCUGUAUGACAUCUCAGUACGUUCAACAUCAAACCAAGGACAGCAAUCAGCCGUUGGUACCACUACUGCUACUACAGUUCCAACACAAGUUUCAAUAACUGAAACAACUCCAAAUUCAAUCAGCGCAGGUUGGACAGAGAUAACAAAUGCCUUGACAUACCGCAUAGACUUUGUCAGUGCUGAUGGCCUCCACACUGGAUCUAUCAAUUCACCUGUACCGCCGGCAGUUAUUGAUAGUCUGCAACCAGGUACAACGUACACAAUAACUGUUCUUGGUACUACAGUGGACGGACAGACCAUCCCAAUUGGUUCAGCUUCUGCUACAACAGGUAUUGGCACAUCAGUUAAUUUGGGCCCAGUUACAUCAAGCACAAUUGCCCUGGACUGGACCCCUAUCCCCAAUACCAAUACUUAUCAGGUAAUUUACACUGGACCAGAUGGGCAAGCGCUGCAAGAUUUUCCGACCACCCCUGACACCAUCCUUACUGGACUAAAUCCUGUAUCUCAGUAUGACAUCACAGUGAGGGCUAUUACUAACAGUGGACAACUGGUAGAUGUUGGCACUACAACUGCCACUACAGGUAUUGACACUUCAGUUACUGUGGGUGCUGUUACACCAAACACCGUAGACAUAAGCUGGACACCUGUCCCUGGUACCAAUAUCUAUCAGAUAAUAUACACUGGACCAGACGGGCAACAGCAACUGGGGCAGGUUCUUCAUCCCACCACUGAUUUCACCCUUACUGGACUUACUCCUGCAUCUCAAUAUGAUAUCACUGUAAGGGCAUUUAACACUGAUACUGGACAACAGACAGAUAUUGACACUGCUACUGCAACUACAGGUAUUCUGAAUGAGGUUAUGGUGGAUUCGGUGACACCAAACACGAUAGCUCUCAGCUGGACAAAUUUGCCAGACAACAUAAAUUAUGAGAUAACCUACACUGCACCAGAUGGAACACAACGAAUGGUUUCGUCUGGCACCAGCCCCAACAUCAUCCUUACUGGACUUACUCCUGACACUCAGUAUGACAUCUCAGUACGUUCAACAUCUAACCAAGGACAGCAAUCAGCCGUUGGUACCACUACUGCUACUACAGUUCCAACACAAGUUUCAAUAACUGAAACAACUCCAAAUUCAAUCAGCGCAGGUUGGACAGAGAUAACAAAUGCCUUGACAUACCGCAUAGACUUUGUCAGUGCUGAUGGCCUCCACACUGGAUCUAUCAAUUCACCUGUACCGCCGGCAGUUAUUGAUAGUCUGCAACCAGGUACAACGUACACAAUAACUGUUCUUGGUACUACAGUGGACGGACAGACCAUCCCAAUUGGUUCAGCUUCUGCUACAACAGGUAUUGGCACAUCAGUUAAUUUGGGCCCAGUUACAUCAAGCACAAUUGCCCUGGACUGGACCCCUAUCCCCAAUACCAAUACUUAUCAGGUAAUUUACACUGGACCAGAUGGGCAAGCGCUGCAAGAUUUUCCGACCACCCCUGACACCAUCCUUACUGGACUAAAUCCUGUAUCUCAGUAUGACAUCACAGUGAGGGCUAUUACUAACAGUGGACAACUGGUAGAUGUUGGCACUACAACUGCCACUACAGGUAUUGACACUUCAGUUACUGUGGGUGCUGUUACACCAAACACCGUAGACAUAAGCUGGACACCUGUCCCUGGUACCAAUAUCUAUCAGAUAAUAUACACUGGACCAGACGGGCAACAGCAACUGGGGCAGGUUCUUCAUCCCACCACUGAUUUCACCCUUACUGGACUUACUCCUGCAUCUCAAUAUGAUAUCACUGUAAGGGCAUUUAACACUGAUACUGGACAACAGACAGAUAUUGACACUGCUACUGCAACUACAGGUAUUCUGAAUGAGGUUAUGGUGGAUUCGGUGACACCAAACACGAUAGCUCUCAGCUGGACAAAUUUGCCAGACAACAUAAAUUAUGAGAUAACCUACACUGCACCAGAUGGAACACAACGAAUGGUUUCGUCUGGCACCAGCCCCAACAUCAUCCUUACUGGACUUACUCCUGACACUCAGUAUGACAUCUCAGUACGUUCAACAUCUAACCAAGGACAGCAAUCAGCCGUUGGUACCACUACCGCUACUACAGUUCCAACACAAGUUUCAAUAACUGAAACAACUCCAAAUUCAAUCAGCGCAGGUUGGACAGAGAUAACAAAUGCCUUGACAUACCGCAUAGACUUUGUCAGUGCUGAUGGCCUCCACACUGGAUCUAUCAAUUCACCUGUACCGCCGGCAGUUAUUGAUAGUCUGCAACCAGGUACAACGUACACAAUAACUGUUCUUGGUACUACAGUGGACGGACAGACCAUCCCAAUUGGUUCAGCUUCUGCUACAACAGGUAUUGGCACAUCAGUUAAUUUGGGCCCAGUUACAUCAAGCACAAUUGCCCUGGACUGGACCCCUAUCCCCAAUACCAAUACUUAUCAGGUAAUUUACACUGGACCAGAUGGGCAAGCGCUGCAAGAUUUUCCGACCACCCCUGACACCAUCCUUACUGGACUAAAUCCUGUAUCUCAGUAUGACAUCACAGUGAGGGCUAUUACUAACAGUGGACAACUGGUAGAUGUUGGCACUACAACUGCCACUACAGGUAUUGACACUUCAGUUACUGUGGGUGCUGUUACACCAAACACCGUAGACAUAAGCUGGACACCUGUCCCUGGUACCAAUAUCUAUCAGAUAAUAUACACUGGACCAGACGGGCAACAGCAACUGGGGCAGGUUCUUCAUCCCACCACUGAUUUCACCCUUACUGGACUUACUCCUGCAUCUCAAUAUGAUAUCACUGUAAGGGCAUUUAACACUGAUACUGGACAACAGACAGAUAUUGACACUGCUACUGCAACUACAGGUAUUCUGAAUGAGGUUAUGGUGGAUUCGGUGACACCAAACACGAUAGCUCUCAGCUGGACAAAUUUGCCAGACAACAUAAAUUAUGAGAUAACCUACACUGCACCAGAUGGAACACAACGAAUGGUUUCGUCUGGCACCAGCCCCACCAUCAUCCUUACUGGACUUACUCCUGACACUCAGUAUGACAUCUCAGUACGUUCAACAUCUAACCAAGGACAGCAAUCAGCCGUUGGUACCACUACCGCUACUACAGUUCCAACACAAGUUUCAAUAACUGAAACAACUCCAAAUUCAAUCAGCGCAGGUUGGACAGAGAUAACAAAUGCCUUGACAUACCGCAUAGACUUUGUCAGUGCUGAUGGCCUCCACACUGGAUCUAUCAAUUCACCUGUACCGCCGGCAGUUAUUGAUAGUCUGCAACCAGGUACAACGUACACAAUAACUGUUCUUGGUACUACAGUGGACGGACAGACCAUCCCAAUUGGUUCAGCUUCUGCUACAACAGGUAUUGGCACAUCAGUUAAUUUGGGCCCAGUUACAUCAAGCACAAUUGCCCUGGACUGGACCCCUAUCCCCAAUACCAAUACUUAUCAGGUAAUUUACACUGGACCAGAUGGGCAAGCGCUGCAAGAUUUUCCGACCACCCCUGACACCAUCCUUACUGGACUAAAUCCUGUAUCUCAGUAUGACAUCACAGUGAGGGCUAUUACUAACAGUGGACAACUGGUAGAUGUUGGCACUACAACUGCCACUACAGGUAUUGACACUUCAGUUACUGUGGGUGCUGUUACACCAAACACCGUAGACAUAAGCUGGACACCUGUCCCUGGUACCAAUAUCUAUCAGAUAAUAUACACUGGACCAGACGGGCAACAGCAACUGGGGCAGGUUCUUCAUCCCACCACUGAUUUCACCCUUACUGGACUUACUCCUGCAUCUCAAUAUGAUAUCACUGUAAGGGCAUUUAACACUGAUACUGGACAACAGACAGAUAUUGACACUGCUACUGCAACUACAGGUAUUCUGAAUGAGGUUAUGGUGGAUUCGGUGACACCAAACACGAUAGCUCUCAGCUGGACAAAUUUGCCAGACAACAUAAAUUAUGAGAUAACCUACACUGCACCAGAUGGAACACAACGAAUGGUUUCGUCUGGCACCAGCCCCAACAUCAUCCUUACUGGACUUACUCCUGACACUCAGUAUGACAUCUCAGUACGUUCAACAUCUAACCAAGGACAGCAAUCAGCCGUUGGUACCACUACCGCUACUACAGUUCCAACACAAGUUUCAAUAACUGAAACAACUCCAAAUUCAAUCAGCGCAGGUUGGACAGAGAUAACAAAUGCCUUGACAUACCGCAUAGACUUUGUCAGUGCUGAUGGCCUCCACACUGGAUCUAUCAAUUCACCUGUACCGCCGGCAGUUAUUGAUAGUCUGCAACCAGGUACAACGUACACAAUAACUGUUCUUGGUACUACAGUGGACGGACAGACCAUCCCAAUUGGUUCAGCUUCUGCUACAACAGGUAUUGGCACAUCAGUUAAUUUGGGCCCAGUUACAUCAAGCACAAUUGCCCUGGACUGGACCCCUAUCCCCAAUACCAAUACUUAUCAGGUAAUUUACACUGGACCAGAUGGGCAAGCGCUGCAAGAUUUUCCGACCACCCCUGACACCAUCCUUACUGGACUAAAUCCUGUAUCUCAGUAUGACAUCACAGUGAGGGCUAUUACUAACAGUGGACAACUGGUAGAUGUUGGCACUACAACUGCCACUACAGGUGAACUUUUUAUUUAUAUCUGA